CACUCAGCGGCGGCAACAAGCUCGAGACAGACCGUGUGGCCGCGUUUGCAAGCACGCAGUUGAAAGGAAUAAAACCAAAUCUGAAUAAACCCUGCAAAAACUUAGUAAAUCACGCUGUACCCUGAGUAGGACAGACAGGGUGUGGAGCGGAGUGUUUCAGCCGGCCAGGUCUUUUUCAAGCCCGUUCAUAACUUGUGUUUUUCGCUCGCUGGUGGACGAGCGGCGGCUUUUCGCGCAGGAUGUCUCUGGUUUGUGCAAUCUCCAAUGAGGUGCCGGAGCACCCCUGCGUGUCCCCCGUGUCGAACCAGGUGUUCGAGCGGCGGCUCAUCGAGAAGUACAUCGCCGAAAACGGGGCCGACCCCAUAACGGGCCAGCCGCUUUCUGAAGAGCAGCUCAUCGACAUCAAGGUAUCUCAUCCCAUCCGACCCAAGGCUCCAUCUGCUACCAGCAUUCCCGCUAUCCUCAAGGCGCUGCAGGACGAAUGGGACGCCGUGAUGCUGCACAGCUUCACUCUCCGGCAGCAGCUGCAGACGACCCGGCAGGAACUCUCUCACGCCCUCUACCAGCACGAUGCCGCCUGCAGGGUGAUCGCUCGUCUCACCAAGGAGGUCACUGCUGCCCGUGAAGCCUUGGCGACGCUGAAGCCUCAAGCCGGAUUGGUCGUUCCCCAGGCUGUUCCGGCCUCCCAAUUGGCAGCUGUGGGUGCAGGUGGAGAGCCAAUGGAAGUUACUGAACAGGUCGGAAUGACCCCAGAAAUCGUACAGAAGCUGCAAGACAAAGCUACUGUUCUUACAACUGAAAGGAAGAAGAGAGGAAAAACGGUCCCCGAAGAGCUGGUCCGGGUGGAGGAUCUCUCCAAAUACCGUCAGGUGGCAUCCCAUGCUGGUCUGCACAGUGCCAGUGUACCUGGAAUCCUUGCUCUGGACUUGUGCUCCACAGAUACCAACAAGGUGCUCACUGGCGGUGCGGAUAAGAAUGUGGUGGUGUUCGAUAAGCGAGAGGAGCAGAUCGUGGCUACUCUGAAGGGCCACACGAAGAAGGUCACCUCUGUCAUCUAUCACCCCUCUCAGUCGGUGGUGUUUUCCGCUUCCCCGGACAGCACUAUCCGCGUGUGGUCCGUAUCCAGCGGCAACUGCGUGCAGGUUAUUAAAGCUCAUGAGGCAGGAGUGACUGGACUCUCUCUGCAUGCCACUGGAGAUUACCUGCUCAGCUCAUCUGAGGACCAGUAUUGGGCCUUCUCCGAUAUCCAGACGGGUCGGGUCCUCACCAAGGUUACCGAUGAGACUGCAGGCUGUGCUCUGACCUGUGCCCAGUUCCACCCCGAUGGGCUCAUCUUCGGAACCGGCACCGCGGACUCCCAGAUCAAGAUCUGGGAUCUCAAGGAACGCACCAACGUGGCCAACUUCCCCGGACACUCUGGGCCGGUCACGGCCGUGGCCUUCUCCGAAAACGGUUACUACCUGGCCACGGGUGCUCAGGACAGCUCUCUCAAACUGUGGGACUUGAGGAAACUGAAGAACUUCAAGACCAUUACCCUUGACAGCAAUUAUGAGGUGAAGUCGCUGGUCUUCGACCAGAGUGGCACGUAUCUGGCUGUGGGAGGCUCUGACAUACGAGUGUACGUCUGCAAACAGUGGUCCGAGGUCCUCAACUUCACCGAGCAUUCAGGCCUGGUGACGGGCGUGGCCUUUGGGGAGUAUGCCCAGUUCCUCUCUUCUGCUGGGAUGGACAGGAGCCUGAAGUUCUACAGCCUGUAAAACUGAAGAUUGGAUGGAGAGGGCAGGAGUGGCAUUUUAAAUUGGGGGGGUGGGGUGGGGGGUUCCACAGUAGAGUGAUAGUGCAUAUGAGGUGUGCUGGCAGAUAUCGUUCUGCUGCAAGCUGAGCCCUCUUUCAGAUUAGCUCGUAGUGCAGUGCUUCCCAAUCCGGUCCUUGGGGACAGACAGACGGUCCACAUUUUUACCGGGAGCUGGGAGGGAGCAAACACGUGGACUGGACUAUCUGCUGGUCCCCAAGGAGCGGACUGGGAAACGUUGCCGUAGUGCUUUGGAAUUUCAUACAAGUGGGUCGUAUCACGUUUGCAGUUCUCUAAUUUGGCACAACAUGGAUCUUAGAUUAUUUUUCCUCUCUGACUGUUGAUGCCAGCAAGGGGGAUCCACUAUUUUGUUUACUUCUGUUUUAUCUGCAUUUGCUGGUCUCCCCAUUUAUUUUUCUGUUUUUAAUGCCAAGGUAAUUGCGUGACCCAAAACCCUUUAGUUAUAGGCAUGGUGUUCCCGUGUACCAUAUUUGGCUUGAUAUACCUUCUGUUCUGUCUUUCUCUUUCUGAAAUGAUAGCGUAUGCUGUAUCACUUGUCUGAUGGAAUCUAUUUUGUUUAAAAUCGUGGCAACAUCUCUAAACCAAUGGCAUUUUAAAUCUUGGUUCUGAAUAAAGACAUGAAUCUUA